ACCAAGGACGGCCACGUUCAUGGAAACGUUGCAGUGGAACCGUGACGAGAAACGUUCGCGGCACGAAAACCCGAGAAUUAUACCAAUUGUCAACGGUGAAAAUGGUGGUGGUUGACAAACGUAGAUCGUUGAUAGUGUCCACCGCUGGCCAUUUCUUUGGCGUGCCCGUGAAAGACGGCGAAACGAUCGCCGAUGAACAAACGGUGUUGGACAAUUUCUUGGACAGAGCCGGAUGCAGAAUUCUUUGCGCACAACCGGCGGAUGUAGAGGAUGAGGAAGUGCGGCUGAAGUUGAGUAACGAGCUACCAGUUGGUAGAAACACUUUAGUUUUCUUCAAGUUGACGGAGGCGCCGGUGACAGAGAGGAAUUUCCACGACCUCGUUCAAGUAACGACGACCGGCAGUGGGAAAGGAUCGACGUUAGUCGAGGCUCUUCGUCAAGUAUGGGCGCCGACACUUCGAUCUUCCGGUCUCAAUUCUGCCUAUUUGAAGAAGCUGGAGGAGAAUCUCCUCGGCGCGCCGGCAACGACAUCCGUCGCCGAGGAGGAGGAUUAUUGGAAAAAGACAUGGGAGGACGCGAAACGAUCGCACGACAAAACGAUUUACGCGGAGGCUGUAAAAACCUUGAGGAGCAUCAGGACCGAGUUGGAGAGCGCGGCGGUGGCUAGGGACGGCUUAAUUAGCGUGGAUGACGCUGUCGAAGCAGUCUCAGGGUACGUGGACGAUUUGUGGAAAUUAGGAGACCUGGUGUACACCGAGGAACGUAUGAAAUCAUUCUUGGACGUCAUUGGAGACGAAGUAGUAUCUCUCGUAAGGAACACAAUCGACGAGAUUCGAACAACCGACGAUCGAGUAAAAAUUGAAGCAAUAUCGAACGGUGCGGGAAUCUGCGAGAAGUGGACAGACAUGGUGGAAAAAUUCACCACGUUGUUUUGGCCUCAUCAUUCAGUUCACCCGUGGAACGGUGGAAGUUUUUUACCUGCAAACUGUUCGCGUAUUGGCAAACGUCUCAGGCAAAUUGGCGAGCUACGUGCUCAGUAUAGGCAAUUGAUCAGGUUGCUCACUUCUAACGAGAGGUCUGGACUUGGUGCUGAUACCUUGAUGCAAUGUUUCGAUGUUAAAGUGGUCUUCGACGACGACGACAGAGGCGUCGAAUGGAGCCGACUGAAGAGAAAAAUCGAAGAAGGAUUGGUACCUGCCGAGGAACGAGUGGCGCAGAAACUGAAGACACAAAUCGCCGAUGCCACCACGCCGAACACCUUGCUCGCGGAAUUUCGACGUUACCUCGAGUUGAUGAAGAGAGAUGGUUUGAAACGAGCUCUGCGUGGAGAACGAGAGACAUUGCUCUCGGCUUACAGAGAUCUUAUAGAGAAUUGCUUGGCUGGUCCGGACACGGGCGACUUGUUGGACAGUCCGAGGAUACUUCAAGAGGUUCAAGCUGCCCGAUCCGCGGAAUUAAGAUUGGAAGGUUUAAACAGAUUGGGGAAGGAACUGCUGGCGGAUCUACCUGGAUACGAAGAGAUCUCGUCGAGGUUAACGACUGCUCUGAAAGAUGUUGAAAGAAAGAGGCAGAGCUUCGUCGAUGCUUGGACUGAGGAAACGAAGGAGGCUGUCGCAAGAAAGGAACUGACGUUGGGCACCGAUUCCGCGGUGGUGGAGCUAACUGGUACCAGUAUGAUGAGAGUCACGUACGAUCCAAGGCUGAUGACUUUGAUCAGAGAGGCAAGGGCGCUUUCGAGCCAAGGUGUCGAGCUUCCUCGCGAGGUUAGGGAACUAGUCGAAAGGGCAGGAUCUUUGGCAGGACGUGCCAGGGCCCUCCAACAGGUCGCCACAUUUCACAACACCAUUGGCGAUCGUAUGGUACCCUCUCAGAGACCGUUGCUGCUCACCACCGCGUUGGAAUUGGCACGAGCCGUUCAAGAACAAUCCGGCGUGGUUUGGUCCGAUCCACAGGCCGUCGACGCUUACACUUCUAGGCUGAAGGAGCUGGUAAGGAAGUUUGCGCAACAGAAUUCGGAGCUGGCGGCGAAGCACAGUUCGCUGCGGGACCUGGUGUCCAAUUUGCUGAAAGGGGAAACUGUCAACAUGAUUGGGAAUCAGAACGCUUGGAAAGACACGUUGAUGAACAUGAGAACGGUGGUCGACACCGUGGAGGCUGAAUAUGGAAACACGAAGGCAUGGAAGUUACACUGGGACAGACAGCUGCUUAAGGCGUUAGGCGUGGCUUACAGGGGCGCGUUGCCGUUGUUGCUGAAAAAGUUGCCGGAAGUGAAAGCGGAGCUGACGUUCCGCGACAGCUCGUUGCAAUGGCGGCCGUCCAUCGAGGAGAUUCGUGCGAAGCUGUACUCGUCGAUUCGUCGAUCGCUCUCGAUACCCAUGAACUUCCGAGGCGUCGGCGACGCGUCCGAGGCGCAUUUCGGUGGCCUGAUACAAAGGUGCUGUUACUUGUUCGGCGGCGUUUACAAGCAGGCCGAGAUCGCUCUUUCCGCUUUGGAAACGCUUCGCACGAAAUGGCUGUACCUGGCCGCGCCGGCGAAAAUCGACGCUGCUGAACGGCUGAAGGGGAAAUCGCCUCAAGAAUGGACAAGAGCGUUCAAGGACGCGAAACAGUGGGCUCAAGAGGUUGGAAGGUUACGCGGCAGCGACGUGAAAAUCUGGUGCAUCACCGUGGACACAGCAACGACCAGAAACGAUUUGGAAUCAGCCUCUCGUCGUUACUGGGAACGUUUGUGCUCUGAUCUGAGGGUGGAAGCGUCUUCGAGGCUGGUAGCCAUCGUCGAGUUCCUUUCGUCAGCCUCGAAGGAACUUGAACGUAGGCCUCGAAACGUGGAGGAAGUUGGAUCGGCCUAUGAAGCUCAUGCACGGAUCGAAGCUCAAUCUUCUGGCAUGGCCGAGGAGAUGGAGGCCGUUGCUGGCCUGUCGAAAGUGCUGGCUGCUUGGACCAGCGAGAAACUCGAAGGUGUCAGCGCGGCGUACACAGUCUGGCAAGACCUGGCCGAUCGCCUGGAGCGUCACAAAGCCGUGAUAGAUCGCGAGCUCGAGGACGCGAAGGUGAACCUUCGUCACAGAGCGGUGGCUCUGCGAGACGAGAUCGAGAGGUGGCAAGCGAAGUGGCUGUCGAAGCCUGAAAUCCUCACGUUAGACUGGAUCAUCUCGAUGAAAGAGAGAUGGACGUACCUGAAGGAGCAACUGGACAUUCUGAGAAACGACUGCCGCAAAAUCGAACUGAACGUCGACGACAUAUUAGAGGGCGACGAGGGGAACAUGAAGAAAUUGGAGCUACAGCUGGAAGUGGAGGAGUCCAAUUGUCGAUUCCAGGCAGAAUUUUUGGAGGAAUUGAGGAAUCAAGAGGAGGAAGAGUGGACGGUGGCCAGAAGGAGAUUGCCCAGGCUUCACGAUUGGCUCGAUUCCUGGGAAAGCAGGAUAAAAGUUCAGUUGAAGGAUCGGCUGAAAGAGGAGCCGGCAGAUAAUCAGAAGGAUAAUUUAGAGAUGGGCACGUUCGUUGGUAAAAAGGUUCGCGAGGUGAGAGAGACCAUCGAAUGGCUGCAGCUUCUUCGCGGCGACGAGGUUGCGGACGAACAUUGGGGAGAGUUGAUGCCACUGUUGGAAUUGAGGGACGCGAAGAGCGUGAGGGACAUCACGUUGGGCCAUCUGUUUCGUUCCGCGCAGAAGAUCCAAGAGAACGUUGACAAAAUAAAGGAAAUAACAAAGAGAGCUGCAGCGGAAAGUGGUAUCCGACAAGGGUUGAUGGAGCUGGAAUCUUGGGAAGCGUCGGCCCAUCUUCAGCUACAAGAGUCGAGAGACAGUAGAAAUGCCGUUAUUACUCUCGUCGAGGAGUAUGGCAGUCUGUUAGCAAGAGCAGGUGAACUAAGGCUUCUAUUGGAGGGUGCGAAGGGUGCGCCAGGGUACGAAAGGUUUGCAGCUAGAGUUGGACGAUGUGAGGCCGGAUUAUCCGAGGUCGAAGAACGAAUCAAAGCUUUGAGUACCAUACAGAGAAAGUGGGUCUAUCUGGAGCCAGUCUACGAAGGUGGCGCUGCCCCGAACGAUACUGGCAGAUGGUCCAGAGCUAACAAAGAAUUUAGAUACCUUAUGGGCGAAGUGGCUCGCGACCCGAGAGUGUCAUCCCUGAGGAGACUUCCACUUUCGGCCUUUACAAAUCUGAAGGACCUGCUUGACAGAUGUCAGAAAAGCCUCGACGAGUAUCUAGAGGAAAAACGUUCGUCUUAUCCACGCCUGUACUUCCUGAGCGACGAAGACCUCCUCGAAUUAGUGUCGGCCAGCGGACGAGGCCUGGAAGCUCAUUUAUCGAAACUCUAUCAAGGCGUCGGUUCCAUAAUAAAGGACGAUAAUGGUCUAACGGCUGUUGUAUCGCCAGAAGGUGAGGUACUGCAGUUAUCCAAGCCUGUCGAUCUUCGGGAUCCAUUACCACGAUGGUUGAGCAACCUCGAGGAAGGCAUGAAAGACGCUCUUCGACAAAGUUUGGAAAAAUGUUUGAUGGACACCACGCCUGAUCCGUCGUCUUACCCGACUCAAGUUCUACUGCUAUCGGAGAGGAUUCGUUUUACGGAGCGAUGCGAAGCCGCUUUGAAGGAAGGUCGUUCGGCUUUAAAAAACCUCGUCGAAUAUCUAGAGACACAACGAGCUAGAUACAGGGGUUUGGAAGACGCUGGCGAUAAAUUAACGGCAUUAAAAGCACGUGGCCUUCUGCUCGAUACAGUUCACCAUCUGGAGAUAGCCAGAAAUCUUUUGAACGUCACACAACAGGAAGAGUCCAGCGUUUGGGCCUGGCAAAGACAGCUAAGAAGUUACAGAACCAACAAAGGAGCAGUUGUACGGUGUGCCGGCGCUGAAUUUCCAUACCGCUUCGAGUAUCAAGGCGCGGCGGUGGGACUGGUUCAAACGUCAUUAACCGAAAGAUGUUUCCUGGCUCUUACUCAGGCGAUGAAGCUCGGUUUGGGCGGCAGCCCUACCGGGCCAGCCGGAACUGGAAAAACCGAGAGCGUGAAAGCACUUGGCGCUAUUCUCGGCAGGCUUGUUUUAGUUUUCAAUUGCGACGAAGGAAUGGACGCCGGUAGCAUGCGACGUAUCCUAGGCGGCUUGGCCCAGGCCGGUGCGUGGGGUUGUUUCGACGAGUUCAAUCGCCUCGAAGAGGAAACACUGAGCGCGGUGGCGAUGCUCGUCAGACCGUUGCAGGAAGCAGUACGCGAUGGCUCCGCCGAGGUCCAGUUGGGCGAUCAGAAAGUGAAUCUGGAUCGGCACUGUUGCGUCUUCAUCACGAUGAAUCCCGCUGGCUCCGAGUACGGCGGGCGUCGCAAGCUGCCGGAUUCUCUGGCGCGGUUGUUCAGACCCGUUGGUAUGGCGCAUCCGGACAGGUCAGACAUUGUGAGAGCGUUGCUAGAAUGUGCUGGAUUCCUGGACGCGGCGACACUGGCUAAACAGCUGGUGGAAACGCUGGACAUCGCGGAGAUACUGCUGUCGAAUCAGCCGCACUACGACUGGGGCCUAAGGGCGCUUAGGUCCGUGCUCAACGCCAUCCCAGCGAAAGCUGAUUUGGACGAAACUAGCAGACUAGUGGCUGCGAUCAGGGCAUCGACGUUACCGAAACUGACAGAGGAAGACACUCCGCGAUUCCUCUCUCUGCUGGAGGAUGUUUUCCCAAGAGCGGACCCGUCGCUGUCCACGUUGAUCGAAAGGCAAGAUCUACAAGACGCUCUGCUCGAACUCUGUGCUGAACAAGAGCUGGGCAAAGAAAUGGCGAACAGAUGUAUUCAGCUGAACGACCAGUUGAAAAGCAGAACUGGAGUGGCGAUUGUCGGGCCACCGGGGUGCGGUAAAACCACCAUCAGGAAGCUUCUGUGCGAUGCGCUAACGAAAAUUGGCGAAACGAUCGUUCAGUUUCACGUAUUUCCCGGGGCGAUGCCGAAAUCGAGGCUUUUGGGUCGUGUCGAUCCACAGACCAGAGAAUGGAAGGAAGGUCUGUUAUCCAGCGCAAUUGUAUCGGCCGGGGAUUCUACGACUUGGAUUAUUUUGAACGGCGACGUAGAACCAGAUUGGGCGGAGGCUCUAAACUCUGCUCUAGACGACAAUCGAUUACUGACUUUGCCGAACGGCGUGGGUGUGAAACUCGGCCCAAGGACAAAGUUCAUCUUCGAAACUCACAAGCUCGACGACGCGAGUCCUGCAACGGUGUCGCGAUUAGGGGUGGUUCAUUUGGGCUCGACGAGUCCUGAAUCUUUGCUGGUGUCGUCGCGACUGAAUGCAAUCCCCGAGGCAGCAAAGGAACUCGCAAAUUCCCAUCUUUGUUCGUGCGUCGUGGAGUGUCUGAAAAUCAACGCGGACGUUUCGUCAGCGUCGGGCUUAAUGGACUCGGCGUUUUGCCACCUGAAGAGCUCUCGUACCUGCACUUCCGCUUCUUACGCUCUCCUCACGUCAUUGUGCAGUCAAAUAGGCAAUGAAAACUCCAGGGACAAAUUGGCACGGUUCAUUUACCAACUCACUGACUGCUGGUGUCCGGACCCGCAGAAACCGUGUUUCGUAGUAUAUAAUCAAGAUACGGACAGAUUGGAAGCUAUUGGCGACGCUGAUGAAUCCACGGACACUGACGAUGGCCCUGUCUCACUAUCAGGCGCAAUGAGAGGAGCAUUGUCGUCCGUCUUGCCAUGGAUCAGAAACAGCCAAUCGAUUAUGAUAAGAGGACCAGCGGGUUGUGGGAAAAGUGCACUGAUAUCUGUCGUACUUUCUUCGAUACGGAACGUCGAGCAAUCGACUUUGAUAAAAGGUUCGUCUCUGUACGGGCCUCAAGAUCUGGUGACCAAGUUGAAACGAGGCUGCGUGCAACUAAAUUCCUCCUCCCACGGAAGAACGUACAAACCUAGAAACGGAUCCAGGGUCGUUUUGAUCAUGGAGGACGUGCACCUUGCAUCGAACGACUUGCAGGAACUGGCGCGAGAAUUGAUUCAAGAAGGAGGAUUUCACGAGGAAGAUCUGGAAUUCGCUAGAGUACCACUGACGAUUAUAUGCACAGCUGAUGCGACCACUCGAUUGCAUCCGAGACUCGAAGCUCUCUUGUCCACUCAUUAUCUCCCAUAUCCAAGUUCGAAGGACAUGAUGGCUAUCUUGGAAUUGCAUCUGAGGGACUCUUUGAAAGGGGAUCACGUUAUGAUCGAAUCUUGGAUCGCGCAAAUGGCACCUGUCAUGCUAGACGCAUUUCGAUCGAUCAAAUCUUCUUAUGGCUCGUCCAUCGAUUGGACGCCGAAGGAUUUGGUCUUGUGGGCAGACAGCUUGAAGUAUUAUCCCUCUCCGGAGGACGAGUCGAAUAUCACACGUCAUUUACUCGAUGCUGGGAAACGUCUGUUCCAUCCUAGGCUGACGUCGAAAGAUCAGGCUCGCUGGGAAUCCAUUAUCCUUUCGAAGACCUCGACGUCGGUGACGGUGGGAGGCGAUGUGUACACAUGGAAAUGUGGAAACAAUGAGUUGCUGGCGCUGGACGAGGAACAGUGGCGGAAGGAGAUAAUUAACGCAGCAGCGAGAUGCGCGAGGGAAGGUGAUCCGGUACAUGCAUCGAUUUCGUCUCACCUGUUGCACACGGUGGCCGGUUUGAGUUGGACGUUUGGAACGAAUCUGAGGGGUGUGAUUUUAAUUGGACGACCCGGUGCUGGAAGAAAAUCAGCAGUGAGACUCGCUGCCAUGUAUUCCUCUCUUCGUCUGAUAGACUCGGGUCCAGGUCGUGGUCGAACAUCGGUGAAAACGGCAGUUCAAGCCGCUGGAAUCGACGGUGAGCCGACUUUGCUUUUGCUAGAGGAGCAUCAUAUGAGGGAAGCUGGCUUGGCUGUUUUGGCCAGUGCAAUAGUGUCGAGAGGGGAACUUCCAGGAUUAUUUACAGUGGAGGAACUCGACGGGUUAAUAGCGCCGUUGGCUGACGUAGCAAGAAGAGAAGAUUUUUCCAGCAUGUUGGAGCAAUAUCUCUAUCAUCGUCUACGCAAUUACCUUCGAGUGGCCAUAAUCCUGGACAGCAAAGAGCUUCGUUCGCCUUGGUUGUCGCGUUCCGGACUUCUCGGGCAUUGUGCGUUGAUCGGUCCUGGAUUUGGCAGCGAAUGGUGGUGCUGGGAAGGUGCUCUGACCGAGAUAGCCUGCCAGGAAAUCGGCCACGACGCCGAGAGCCACGAAGAAACACCGGCUGGCGUUAAAGCGAUGGUGAAGGCACAUCUCGAUGCAUCGCGACAGCAGCAAGCUCCUGCUCGAUUCUUUGCUCUGCUGCACACUUGGAAGCAUCUGCACGUGACUUGGAACGAAGAGGUGGAGCAGAAAUUGAACAGUCUCGAUGCCGGCGUGGGAAAGUUGAAGGAAGCUGGGGCGCAAGUGGCUAAAUUGGAGGACGAAGUUUCGAAACAGCGUCAGGAGCUGGAGGCAGAGAAAGGACGUGCCAAUGCAGCGCUCGAGCAGAUCACCGCGACGAUGAGAGGCGCCACGGGUCAGAGAGGCGAAAUGGCCAACUUGAAAGCCGAAACCGAACAGGAGAGCACAGAAUUGGCUCGCAGAAAGGCUGAAAUCGAAGGAGAAUUAGGGAAAGUGGAGCCGUUAGUGGAACAAGCGGCGCAAGCAGUUGCUGGCAUCAGCGCUGACGCAUUAGCGGAAGUUCGUUCUUUGAGAGCACCUCCAGCGCCUGUCAGAGACGUCCUCGAGGGUGUCCUUCGUUUAAUGGGCAUAAAAGACACGUCUUGGAACAGCAUGAAGACGUUCCUGGCGAAACGCGGUAUUAAGGACGAAAUAAGAACGUGGGACGCGAGAAGAAGCACACCAUUGAGUCUGGAGGCGGUUGCCAAGUUGGUCAAGGAGCGGCCGGAGAGUUUCGAGGAGAAAACCGCGAAACGAGCUUCGGUGGCCGCGGCCCCUUUGGCCGCCUGGGUCCUCGCGAACCUUCAAUACGGCCAGAUUCUUCAGCAAGUCGCGCCCCUCGAGAGAGAGCAACGACAGCUGGCCGAACGUUUGUCAGCGGCAGAGGCUCAAAUUGACAAGUUAGCAGAGGGGCUGAACACGGUGGAAAGUCGUGUGGCGCAGCUUCAAGAGGAACUAGCGGAACGCUCGAGGGGUGCAGCCGCCCUUCAACUACGUGCCGAGGCAACAGAGGCGAGACUAGCGACUGCAAGAGCCUUGCUUCAGAAAUUGGACACGGAGCAUCGCGACUGGCAGGCACAAUUAGAAAAACUGACCAACAGGAAACAAAAGUUGGACGUCGAGGCUGCUAAUGUUGCGUCUUUGCUCGUUUACGAAAAUCUUGGGAAAGAUGACAAAUGGAAGAAAUCGGCCAUAGAUCUCUUGAUUACCGAGAGAGAAAGGCUACUGUGGCGAGCUCAGGGUCUGCCAGCGGACACCGGAAGUCUGGUCGGUGCAUCGUGCGCUCUGCGUGGUCCCUUGGUCCCCAUAUUCAUCGAUCCGUCCGGUGUGGCAGUGUCGUGGCUGAAAAAUAACGUCGGCUCAAGGAUGGAGGUCACAAAGCCGGAGGAUGCGAAAUUUUUGACCACGUUGGAAUUGGCUGUACGGUUUGGUAAACCGUUACUGGUGGAGGAACUCGUUGAAUUCCCAUCGAUUCUGUUGCCAUUGCUGCGUAGACGUCCCCUGAAACUCGGCGAAAGAACACUGCCCGCGCCUCAAGGCUUCAAACUUUUCUUGGCCACUAGACGAGACAAAUUGGAUGGUUUCCCGAAGGAAGUCGACGCUGUUCUGUUCAAAAUUGCUCUCGGCGCUGGUACCAAGAGUUUGGCCGAGAGAUUCGUCGAGAAGGUUCUGUUGAAGGAGACGCCGGAACUGGCGACACAGAGGAAGGAGGCAUUGGAACGCGAAGAAAAAUUAUCAGGGGAACGGGACACCGCGAGAUUGGAUCUGUUGGCGCAGCUGGCCACGGCCAGAGGUCAAGAUCUCCUUCAGGAGUCUGAAGGAUCGCACGGUGGGCUUUUGUCAUCGUUGGAAGCCACUCAAUCGAAAGCCAAGGAAAUAGCUGUUGCACUUGAGGAGAGCCGACGAAGCUUCGAAGAUGUUACCAGGAGAGCCAAAGAGCAUGAGAAAUUAGCCAAAUUCGCUGCAAACUUGUACAAAACUGUAAGAGGACUCACCGCAUUGAAUCCACUGUACGUGUUCUCGGCGGAAGCUUUCACUGAUAUUUAUUUAGAGGCGGAAGAUUACAGGAGAUCGAUACUGUCUCAAGACAAAAGGGAACAAGACAAGCUGAUCGAGAAACGGCUGAUAGCUUUGACUCUUCAUUAUUGCUCGAGGGCCGUGUACAGGGAGCAUCGAUUGCCAGUCGCGUUGCAAUUGGCGCUUUCGUUAAACUCCGUGCCAGACGUCGAGAGAAAUUUCUUAUUGGGCGAAAUCCCUUUAAACGACGACGAGGAUCCCGACUACAAAGUACCUGACUGGGUGCCGGAGGAACGGCGUCUAUCAGUCCGGGCGUUAGCCUCGUCGUUCCCGCAAGUAGCUGCGAGGAUGAAGCAAUCCUGGUUGAACGACGUCAGCAAUAUUUACGCGGAGAGCAACUUAACCACGUUCCAAAAAAUUUUACUGAUAAAGACUCUACGUCCGGACUAUUUGCACACAGCUCUCUCGAAACUGGCCGCUGAAGUAUUGGGUGUGAAAGAUUUGGCGCCACCGCACUGGUCCCUGAGAAAGGUAGCCGAGAACGAAGGUACAUAUCCGGUGCUGUUACUUCUGUCACCUGGAGCUGAUCCCGGUUCCGAGUUGAGAGCAUUAGCCAGUAAUCGGGUCGCAUCGGCCACAGGAUUCGUCGAAGUGUCUCUCGGACAGGGUCAAGUUGCUCAGGCUGAACUAUCACUGGAGAAUGCUUGCCGAAACGGAAGCUGGAUACUCCUCAGCAACCUGCACCUAGCCCUCAACUGGCUUCCCCGACUGGAGAGCCUCCUCAGAUCGCUCUGGUGCAAAAAAAAUCCCGCGACGAGGAUCUGGUUAACCACGGAGGAGUGCGUAGGAUUCUAUCCGAGCCUCGCCGGCCUCUGUUUGAAGCUCGCGUACGAGCCACCGGAGGGUGUGAAGAGAAACGUGAAACGAUCGUUGCAGCAACUGCACCAGAAGCACCGAAGAGACGUGAACGUUCCCGGCAGCCUGUUGCUGUCGUGGCUGCACGCAACGCUCCAGGAACGAAGGAAAUUCGUUCCUCAAGGCUGGAUAAGGUCGUACGAGUGGAACGAGUCCGACCUCGAGGCCGCCUACGAAUUGGUGGUGAAAGAAAUGGCGGAGUCCGCGAUGAGCAGGGGCAAAGACGGCGAUUGGCAGACUGGUAGGGGACUGUUGGACGUGGCGAUUUAUGGCGGUCGUUUGCAGGACGAUUACGAUAUGAGAGCGCUGUGCUCGAUUGUCCGUGACGUUUGGAGCUGCGAGGUGUUCCGCGGCCAGAGGAAAUUGGCCGGUGUUCUGAAAGUGGUUGAUGGCUCGUUCGAGGAAGUGGCCAAGAGUCUCGAGACCGUUCCGGAUAAUGACUCGCCCAAAGAGUGCUUCGGAUUGCCGGCGAACGCGCACAGAGCUUGGGAGAGGACCGCUGCCGAGGCUGCGCUGUCGCAUUUGAAAGGUAUUUUGAUCAAAGUGUCUGUCAACGACGGCAGGGGCAGCAAGAAAACGGAAACGAAAAUUCAGAGAGACUUGAAAGAGCUGAUCGAUCGGCACGUGUCGAUCUUUGGAUCGUCCACGGCCAUGGAGCAACACCGUGAUAGUAACAACCCGUUGCAAAGUUUCUUUGUCGACGAGAUGAGUCUGACCAAGAGGACGUUGAAUCUCAUUCGCGCUGACGUGGAAACCUCGCGUCUCGAGGACGCUAAGACUCCCGCACGCUGGAUGGGAAACUGGAGAUACGGGCCGAAGGAAGCUCUCUCUUUCGUUAAAGGAUUAUUGUCCAGGUACCAGGCUUUGGAAUCCAUCUUGGCCAUUUCCUCGUCUGUGGUCGACAUGUCGCGGCUGGCAAGGCCACGUGCGUUCCUGACCGUUCUCAAGCAACACACCGCGCGCGAAACGCGCCAACCUAUGGAGAAUCUCCGGCUUUGCGUGAACUGGCUUGAAAAUCGGAGGAACGACGACUGGAAAAUAUCGUUGAUCAUCGAAGGUCUACUGAUAUCUGGAGCUCUGAUAGAAGAUGGCGUCCUGAAGGAUCUCGAUGCGAAUGCAGCGUCCGUUGCGACCGCGCCCAGCUGUCAAAUCGCAUUCUUGCCAGAGAGUUACAACGACGACCAAGGGAGAAACAAAACGCUGAAUGACUGUCUGGAAAAUAGAAAUCCGGACGAUACUCUCAACGUCCCGGUUUACGCGAAUUCGCAAAGAGAUGCGUUAAUCUGCUCACUUCCGGUUGGAUGUCGCAGAGAGGAUCACGACGACUGGCUACGACGAGGGAUCGCUUUUCAUCUAAAAUUAAUUUAGUUUUAUUUGAAUUACAAAUAGCCGUGCGAUUGCAUUGCUAAUUAAAGGUAUGAUUUAUGCAAAAUGAUUUGCAUAUCAUAAUUAUAACUGUGAAACGUAAUUUACUAUUCUGCAGUAUACUGUUAAUUGUUCUACUUAAUUCAUAUAUCGAUACCAGGAAUCUAGCAACGCCAAAUAACAAUCGAAUUUGUUUGUCCAGUAACACGUUGUAAUUAUUUUAAUUAUCUCAAUUGUUGAAUUCCAAUCAAAUAUACACUAUAAUAUAAAAUGAGAGACAAAUGGGA